CUUUGUUGCCAAUUUGCCAGCAUCGACGCCCAAGCAAGCAACCGCCUUUGGCCACACCUCUCUUUUCUACAGAUUCUGGUGACCAGUGAGAAGGAGCAAUCUUGAAUCCACAAGACAUGGCAUCCUCCGUUGUGAAGCGAGCUACAUGUUCCGCUGUGGCUGUUCUUCGAUCCGGAGCGUCACUGAGGUCUUACGCUAGAGUUGCAUCUGGCACUGACAUAAUCGCUGCCGCACCUAAUGUUUCUCUCCAGAAAGCUCGCUCCUGGGAUGAUGGAGUCUCAUCCAAGUUCUCCACCACUCCUCUCAAAGAUAUCUUCAAGGACAAGAAAGUCGUCAUCUUCGGCCUUCCUGGUGCAUACACAGGAGUUUGCUCAAACAAACAUGUUCCUGCUUACAAAGACAAUAUUGAAAAGUUUAAGGCUAAAGGCAUUGAUUCUGUUGUUUGUGUGUCUAUCAAUGAUCCGUAUGUUAUGAAUGCGUGGGCGGAGAAACUUCAAGCCCAAGAUGCUAUUGAAUUUUAUGGGGACUUUGAUGGGAGCUUCCACAAAAGCUUGGAUUUAGUAACAGAUCUCUCGGGUGCUCUGCUCGGAACUCGAUCUCAAAGAUGGUCAGCUUAUGUGGUAAAUGGGAAAGUUAAGGCUCUUAACGUUGAAGAAGCUCCAUCUGAUGUCAAGGUUUCUGGUGCGGAUACCAUUCUGGAACAGAUUUGAAGUUUCUAUGCUUUGUAUGCAUAUAAGAUUGUAAUAAUAUGUUCUUUUGUUUUU